AUGCCAUCGAGAAUCGCUGAAAUCCGGCUUGUAAGUUCGGAUCACGAGGUUUACGAACCAUGUGAUGAUUCAUUUGCUUUAGUUGAUGCAUUACUCGCUGAUCGAACCAACCUAAUAGAGCACAACCCCAAGAUUUGUAUGGAGAUUGGAUGCGGAAGCGGGUAUGUCAUAACUUCGCUUAUCCUCCUCCUCAAAAACGAAGUUCCCGGCGUUCAUUUUCUAGCCACAGAUACUAACCCGAUAGCUGCAAGAGUGACAAACGAAACUCUAGAAGCGCACGGAGUCGAAGCUGAUGUUAUCUGCACGGAUAUAGCUUCUUGUUUGGAGAAGAGACUCGCUGGCUCAGUCGACGUGAUCGUGGUGAAUCCGCCUUAUGUUCCAACACCGGAUUAUGAAGUUGGAAUGGAAGGUAUUGCCUCUGCUUGGGCUGGAGGUGAGAAUGGCCGGACUGUUAUCGACAAAAUCUUGCCUGUCGUUGAUCUAUUGCUUUCGGAGAAAGGUUGGUUCUACUUAGUGACAUUAACUUCGAAUUCCCCAUCAGAGAUUUGUCUGUUGAUGAGAAAGAAAGGCUACGCGUCGAGAAUCAUGGUUCAGAGAUCAACAGACGAAGAGAAUCUCAUUAUACUUAAGUUCUGGAGAGACAAGGAUCAAGAGAUGCUGGACAAGGAGACAUCAUCAUCGUCGUCAUUUCUUUCGCAGUUUUCGAGAUCUUUAUCAUCCUUUAUUGAGAAACAAUGGCGAUGA